AUGCUUUAUCGUUACGGAAACAGGGAAUUCUGGGACCAUGUCGUAAGUUUGUUUCAUGAAAAGCUCACUCCCCCAUCUAAGAACGAACAAACAUAAUAAAUAUUCUAUGUUUUGAAAAUUAACCCUUACUUGAGAAGUAUUCUGUAUAUUAUUUUUAUAUUUAUCUUUUAAGAUAUUUUAAAACUUAAAAGCAAUAAAUUGUCACAAAAACAAAAAUGGCCAAUAGGAUAUAUAUUUUCCGUCUUCUACCCACUCCUGAAGGAAAAAUAUCUACAAUUUUCGGAUAUGAGAGUCAGGGAAGAUCGGAUUUUAAGAUCUUAUUUUGAGCGCCGAAGACCAGCAGAAGUGCAAAUGAUUAAUUUUGCAAUUUUAAAAGCAGGCUUAGGAUAUGCAGAUGCUGAAUACGAAGAGUUAAUAAAAUAUGCUCAUAUCGGUAAAAGCAUAAGCACAGAAGACAUGCAUCGGUUUCUCAACUGUUUAAGGCUGGUUCUCGACGAUGUAGGUGUCGCCCCAGAAGACAUUGAAAUAAUAGUUGGACGAAUAGAAGGGUAUUCGAACCUUAUAGUAGAAGAAGACGAGGUAUAA